UGGAAACUCAAAAGGGAGGAAAGCUACCGAGACCCUCAUCUGUGUAGUGCUUGAAGAAUCUGAAGAUUUUCCAGAACUCAAAUCAGAAAUUCUUCUGAACUUGCAAUGGUUUUCAGGAGAGUUGUUGUUCCGAUGAGGGGUUGUCUGCGAAUAUAUCACCAAACACAACCUUCACCUUCAGAGGGCACAGAAUCAACAUCAGGUGUUCAAGUUCAACCAGUCGUUUCACCUAGAAUCAGACUCAGUGAUGGAAGGUACUUGGCUUAUGCAGAGAGAGGAGCCCCCAAGGACAAGUCCAAUUACAGAGUCAUAAUUGUUCAUGGCUUUGGCAGCUCCAAAGAGAUGAAUUUUGUGGCACCCCAGGAACUGCUGGAUCAGUUGGGGAUAUAUCUUCUGUUAUUUGAUAGAGCUGGAUAUGGCGAGAGUGACCCAAAUCCAAAGCGAUCGAUGAAAAGUGAAGCAUCAGACAUCGAGGAACUUGCUGAUCAGUUACAGUUAGGAUCCAAGUUCUAUGUGAUCGGUGUCUCUGUGGGAUGUUACCCCUCCUGGAGUUGCCUUAAGCGAAUACCAGAAAGGCUUGCAGGUGUGGCAUUGGUAGUUCCCUUUGUCAAUUACAAAUGGCCUUCUCUUCCUCAACGCCUAAUAAAGGAUGACUACAGGAAGAAUCUUGCUCUAUCGAUGCUUUGGUUUGCAUGCCAUACCCCGGGAUUACUGCGCUGGUGGUUAACUCAAAAAUUGUUCCCCUCGUCUUCUGUCCUUGAUAGGAAUCCAACAUUUUUCAGCAAUAGAGACAUGGAGGUCUUGCAGAAUACACCAGGAUAUCAACUGCUAAGUCGGAGCAAGCUGAAAAAGCACGGUGUUUUCGACUCUAUUCGUCGGGAUUUCAUUGUAGCUUUUGGCAAGUGGGAUUUCGACCCACUGGCUCUGAGUAAUCCAUUUCCUCAAAAUGAAAGCCUUGUUCACAUCUGGCAAGGUUUUGAAGACAAGGUUGUGCCUGUUCAGAUACAAAGAUUUGUCUCAAGAAAGCUGCCAUGGAUUAACUACCAUGAAGUUCCUGGUAGUGGACAUUUUCUUGUCUAUGACAGUGCUGUAUGUGAAGCCAUUUUAAGGUCUCUUUUGCUAGGGGAAGAUUCUCCUCUUUACAAACCUCAGUUAGCCAGCUGAAUUUACAUGUCUUCUCCUUGUCAUCAACUAGAUGACCUGUUAGUAAAUUGAUUUGUGGAGAAAGAGAACAUGAUUGCAUUGUUUUACAUUUUUUGUUGAUAAUGAGUAACCUCUUGAAU